AUGGCAUCACGAACAGUUCUUAUUACUGGUAGUACAAGUGGUAUCGGUCUUGGUAUCGCUCGUGCAUUUGCUAAUGCAAAAUAUAAUGUCAUAUUUCAUGGAUUAGAAAAAAAUGGUAGUGAUAUUGCAGCUAAAAUAGCACGUGAAUUUCAAGUUGCUCAUCUAUUUUCACCUGCUAAUGCUCUACAUUCAGAUCAAUUACGAACAAUGGUUGAUGAAGGUUUAAGACGAUUUAAACAUAUUGAUGUUUUAGUCAAUAAUUGUGGUAUUCAACAUGUUUCACCAAUUGAAACUUUUCCUGAAGAUAAAUGGGCUGAUAUUCUUCGUAUUAAUUUAACAUCAGCAUUUAUUCUAACAAAAGCUUUAAUGAAACCAAUGAAAGAAAACAAAUUUGGUCGAAUUAUUAAUGUUGCAUCAGCACAUGGUCUAUUUGCAAGUGAAUAUAAAUCUGCAUAUGUUGCUGCUAAACAUGGUUUACUUGGUUUAACAAAAGCAACAGCACUUGAAGGUGCACCAUUUAAUAUUAAUUGUAAUGCCAUUUGUCCUGGUUAUGUAAGAACACCACUUGUUGAUGCACAAAUACGUGAUCAAGCUAAAUCUCAUGAUAUUCCUGAAUCGGAAGUCAUACCACGUGUCAUUCUUCAAAAACAUGCUGUUAAAAAAUUUGUACCAAUUGAACUUAUUGGCAAUUUAUCUUUAUUACUUGCUGAUGAAAUAAGUGCUACAUUAACUGGAACGGCAAUACCUAUUGAUGGCGGUUGGUCUGCACAAUAA